AUGGCAGCUCAUGGAAUUGACAGAAUCCCUGAUUCACUUGGUUUUCUGGUGCUGACCGAAGAUGGUGCUGUUAUCAGUUCUGGUGGCCAGCUGGAAAAUGACGAAGUCACGGCAACAAAGAUUACAAAACUAGUUCACACAGCCUACAAUAUUCCGGUGACAACGGACAAGAAAGAUGUCAUGAAGCGAUUAUCAGUGGUUCUGGAUGAUAUUAUCUACGUGAUAACCGUGUCUCAGCAUAAAAUAUUUGUCUCCAAGCGUCAGUACAACCCACAGGAGCCUGUGCCUGCAUGA